UCUCACCGUCCCACCGUCCCACCGUCCCACCGUCCCACCGUCCCACCCUCCCUCGCACCCUCCCUUUCGCCGCGAUGCAGCGCUCCACCGACCCCUUCACGCGCAUCGACAGCGACAGCAUAGCGUCCAUCAUCGCGCACGUAGCCCCGCUGGACAUCAUCGUGCAGCAGCGGGUAUCGCGCGGGUGGCGCGCGCUGCUGGGCUCCGCGUGGAUCGCGCGGCACGCGCUCGUCUCGCAUUUUCCACACUCGUCGGAGACUGCCGAGAUUCGCCGGCGGAGGAGGAAGGGGGAAGAGGGAAGGGAUGGGGAUGCGGAUGGGGAGGUCGUGAUGGGGUUUAGGAGGUGCGUCUACCGCUACCACACCAGGCGUCUGGGACGGCCGACGGCGAUAGGACAUCUGGUACUCGAGCCGUCGCUAGGCGUGCCCGAGUGGGGGACUACAGGGGAUUAUGUUUGCUGGGUGUCAAGGGUGGCGCUGCAUUGUCAGCGCAUCAGUGGCGGGAUUGAGACCAGGAGGUCGACGCUGUUCAUGGAUGUCGUCGCGAAAAAUAAUCUGGCUAUCACGGAGGAGGAUAUUGCCGCGUCGAUGUUGCGGAUACAGGGCGGUGAGGAGGUGGUCUCGGUCACUUUGAGUCUGUAUGACGAUAUUGACGAUGAUGAUGCGUCGGGGAGAAGGGCUUUUGUUCUCGUGUUUUCGCUGAAGGAUCUCGAGUACCUCUGGCACAAGGCUAUUGAAAUGCCGUACAAACUGCUGGGAGAACCCGACACGGUAGGAGACAAUUUCAUAUACGUGCGCAAGAAGGUGGUUUAUGAAUUGCUACCGCUCGAGGGAGAGCCGGAGGAUGCAAAAGCCGCCGCCGCUGCUACCACCGUCCACCUCAUGGUUCACGAUGUGCGUACCGGCAAGAAAAACCGAGAGAUACUGUUAGAGCACGGUGAGGAGAUCACCAGAGGUGAAUUGUUCUUCAUCGUGGUAUCGGAUGGCAGCUUCAAACGGUUGAUUGUGCUCUUCGAGCGAGAUAUCAUGCUGGAAGAUGCACGUGUCGAGGUGACCGCCCGGCUGUAUUCCAUCAAUGACUCGACCAGUACGCCCGGAAAGCUUUUGGCAGAGUACACGAUCUGUGGGAAUCAUAGCAACCUGGUCCCACGGGGAAGGCACCGCCAGUUCCAUGCGAAUUCAAGCGUCUGCGUCGAGUGUCCGGCACGCCUGGAGAAGUUUGCCAUCGUGGAAUCGCUCUUCGUGACUGCAUGCGUGACCCGGGAUGACAAGGAGAGGGCCCCCGCCGACGACGACCCAAGCUACUUAGAUGAAGAUGCCAUCACCGACGACGUCGAGGCGGAUUUCCUCCGGCUGGGCAGAGCAAUGACUGGCCGACUAGGCCUCUUUGUACCACUGCACCUCAGUCCUCCCGUGACUCCGUACUGCGUAUUUUCUAUCACCGCAUCUAAGACCGGCAAGUUGACUCUCGAGCCGAAGCGGUAUCUUGCCGAGCUCUGCCUGGAAAACGACUUCUUCUGGGACGGCAAGUGUUACGAGCCGCCGCCACGCGCGCUGGAUGCAACCGACACAACAAAGGCCUCUUGCCGCCGCUUCGAGGUAUUCCUGCCGCUCGAGGAAUGCUCCACCAUCUUCUCCCAGCGCCGCAGCGGACGUCUCACCAUCCACGUGGCCGAAUACGAACCGCUCGACCGCGACGAAUACCAGCAGAAAUGGGCACACCGAACCACCGGUAGCUCUCUCCCGGGCAAGCCCUGGUCCGCAUCAACUGAACUCGAAGCCAGCGCGAGCUUCGCAGAGUGUUACUCAAGCACUACCCCACCCUCACACCUCAACCAGGACACAGAAACCAUAGCUUUGAUGAAGCAGCGCUCACGGCACGUCCUCACCUCGCGCCGUCUCACCAACACGUGCACACCCCCACCACCCAAGGCGAACGGCGCCGGCGGCGUGAUCGAAAACGUGCUCGAAAACGUCGUGCCCUACGAAAUCGACCCCGCGUCCGGCGAGAUCCUGGUCAAGGGAACGGUUAGUUCCCAUUUCCUCCCCCAUGUCCAGUGGUCGGAGAAGUGUAUCACCGUGCGCACGAAUUGGAUGGAGAUCAUGCCCGAUUCGGCGGAUCCCGCGACGGCACAUCUACACACUGGAGACCGAUGGCAUAUGACGGGUAUUGUGAUGUUUGAUUUCUCGCCGCCGUGGUAGCCCGGGGCGGGGGCGCUUGUAUCUCGUAUUACGGACUGUUUCCUGUUCCUGGUCUUGGUGGGAAAGCACGGCGGCAUGGCAUGAUGGAUGACUAGCACGGCUUUACGGAGUUUUGCGUUUAUUGCGUUCUUGCCUUACCUUUACCUUGCCUUAUUUGAUUUUCCCUAUUUCACCCCCCAGCUCUCGUUGGGUAGAGGUACAUAUCUCGAGCACUUCAUGGACAUAGGCACCCUUGGGCCUUCUUUUAUUUCCGCUGUUUGUAAUGGAUGCAUUACGCAUGGGAACACAUGCUGGAAUCUGGAUGGGCUUUUUUUUUGACUGGACUGGAAACUUGGGGCGUACGGAUCGUCCGAGUGCUGGAUUAUCUAGGUAGCUGGGCACGUAGUACCCCCUCGGCCUCGGGGCUGCAUGGGGGCCCUGGGAGGGGGGGGCAGACAGAGCCGAACGAACACCUAGGCUGCGGAAUAUACAUAGUACAUAGUACACUGUCA